AUGCAAUCCCGCUCCGGCCUCGUCUCCCGAUUCCUUCGUCCGGCGUCGCGAUUCUUCUCCUCUUCCACUCCGGUCAAUCCCGUCACCGUAACGCAAUCCCCCAGGAGCCUCGAGGCUCUUCGAGCGCGCCUGGCGAAUGAGUCGCCUUCCCUCACCGAUUUCAUCCACGGCGAUACCUACUCCGUGGAGGUCGGGACCAAGAAGAAGCCCCUCCCCAAGCCCAAAUGGAUGAAGGAGUCUAUUCCCGGUGGCGAGAGGUAUGUCCAGAUCAAGAAGAAAUUGAGAGACCUUAAGCUUCACACCGUCUGCGAGGAGGCCAAGUGUCCCAACCUCGGCGAGUGCUGGUCCGGUGGCGAAACUGGAACCGCCACCGCCACCAUUAUGAUCCUCGGGGACACGUGUACACGCGGCUGCAGGUUUUGUAAUGUCAAGACAUCGCGUACACCUCCACCGCCUGACCCAAAUGAACCCAACAAUGUGGCUGAAGCUAUCGCAUCCUGGGGGGUAGAUUAUGUCGUCAUCACCAGCGUCGAUCGUGAUGAUUUACCUGAUCAGGGGAGUGGCCAUUUUGCACAAACUGUACAGAGAUUGAAAGUUCUCAAGCCGGAGAUGUUGAUAGAAGCUCUAGUUCCUGAUUUCCGUGGAGACGGUGGAUGUGUUGAGAAGGUGUCCAAGUCGGGGCUUGACGUCUUUGCCCACAACAUCGAGACAGUUGAAGAGCUUCAGAGUUUUGUGCGGGAUCACCGUGCUAAUUUUAAGCAGUCACUGGAUGUGCUUAGGAUGGCUAAGGAGCAUGCACCUGCAGGCACCCUAACAAAGACCUCGGUAAUGCUGGGAUGCGGAGAGACCCCUGAUCAAGUGUUGAAGACAAUGGAGAAAGUGAGAGCUGCAGGGGUUGACGUAAUGACAUUUGGGCAAUAUAUGCGACCGUCUAAGCGCCACAUGCCAGUAGCCGAGUAUGUGACACCAGAGGCCUUUGAGAGGUAUCGGCUUCUUGGCAUGGAAAUGGGGUUCAGGUAUGUAGCAUCAGGGCCUAUGGUGAGGUCAUCGUACAAAGCGGGAGAGUACUACAUAAAGUCGAUGAUAGAAGCUGAUCGAGUUGCUCCUUCUUCUUCUUCCCCAUAG